UCCAGAAAGACAGUGCACGCGCCCGUCCAUCCGCCUGUUCACCUUUCAGACGCGCACACUGCAGCCCGCCCGUCAGUCAGUCCACGGCCGUCGACCAGCAAAGAAGCAGACGUGGAAAGUCUCUCUAAGAGAUGCGCCGUGCACACGGCAAAAGUUAACAACAGCGAGACGAGAAGAAAAACAGAAUAUGCGGCGGAGUUUGUUCCUUCGAAAAAAGCUUAUCUUGUAGAAGGUCGCAAUGAUUGAAAUUUACAUCCCUUCACUGGAGAGCAGGGCAGAGGAGAGCUCUGGCAAGCAACGAACAGUUUUUAAAGUGGAAGUUCUUUUCAAUGGCAGGAAGCAUUUUGUAUUGAAACGACACAAUGACUUCCAUGUUCUUCAUAAAAAGCUCAGAAAGUUAAUGAAAACUCCAGAUUUCCCAAGUAAACGAAGCCCCCACUGGAGACAAAAGCCUUUAGACCAGAGACGCCAGGAGCUUGAAGAGUAUCUGCAGGAUAUACUGCAGUAUAAGGAUGAGGCUCCAAAGGAGAUCUGGGAAUUUCUGCAUUUGAAGCAUUUACCUUUAAUGAAUAAACCCUGCAGGACUGAUGUCUAUCCUUCUGUCCAGCAUGUGAUUGGAUUUAGCAAGGACCCAUAUAUCCUUACAUCCACAUCAGGUUCACUUCCAAAUAUUAUUGAAGAUGGUAUUCUUGGAGGCUUCUACACUCAGGAAAGCCCUUGUCUGUGCAACUUUGAUUACACCAAGAAAUACAAUGCAAAAUCUGUUUAAGUCUCCAGGAAGACACCAUUAGUACAAGAUCCUCCUGAAGUCGCAUCCUUUUCUUUUGGUCUUCCAUCAUUUUAUACAAGCUUGCCAGCAGCUGAUCUUUUAUCAUGUUGUACAUAUUAUUCACAUAUUGUGAAUCCAUAAAAACAUGUAAAUGAGUGUAAAUAAUAACUUUAAAAUGCUUUUUUACCUAUAUUUAUUGUUAGUUUGAAUUAGGUGCUUGCCACUGUAGAGUUGCUGAUCUUGUAAUAACACAAAGCUAAGUAAUUUGAGGAAUUCUGUGCAAACACUAACAUAUACCUGCAAUUCAAUGCCAAACACCUAGUUAACAAGAAACAGCAACAGCAAGAAUGAAGUUUGAUAUUAAAAGGACAAAAUAUUAAAUAGGCGAAAACAUUAAAACAUUACAAAUUUUGUUUGUACUAAUUUUGCAAGUUUAUUCAAAACAACAAAAUAUCUUUGUCUUUUGGAAAUCUUCAAGUUAUUUUUGUUAUCCAUGAACACUGACUAGUUUCCCAACAUGUAGAGUGUGUCAGUGCUAGGACAUCCUGGAGGACUGCACACAAAAUUGGUCAUUUUGCCUGAGGAAUUGCAUGUUAGGUGAACUGAUGAGUCUAAACUGACCUGAGUGUGAGUGUGAGUGUGAGUGUGAGUGUGGUUUGGCUGGACCUUCAAUGCACCAGUGCCCUAAUCAGAACUGGUGGUAAAAUCCCUGUAAACCAAGGAAAAGGAUCAAGUAAGCAGUUGCUUACAAAAAUGUUUGUCCAACACUCCAAAAUAUUUGUCAUUGCUAUUUAUACACUAUAAACCUGUUAGACAAUUGAAUUUUCAGAUGUUAGCAACCAACUCAUUCAGGUUUGUGACUGUGAAGCUUUCUUUCCCAGUCUGUUUGAGGCUUCAUCUUUCAUAAGGUUUACCUGUUUUUCUUUUCCUUUUUAUUUGUUGCUUCUUUGUAUUUGAGACAGUAAGUACAGUCACCACACUUAAUGGUCAUAUUUGUCAUCUGGUAAUGUUACUUGGUCUUUUUUAGUUGUAUAGUGUACCUUUAUUUUAUUUUAAAAGCUACUUUUCAGACCUGUA